AUGGCGUCAUGGGAUGCGGAUGCAAAGUCUUAUCCACUCCGUAUCAUUGGUGACGAACAUAGCGCGGUGAUGUUCUUCGAGGACACGCCGACCAUGUUCGGAAGUGAGCUCCGUGGAAUUUCUGCACUCGACAUGGAGAAUGGCAAGGUCAUCCGUCAGGUCGACUACUGGGACGGACGCCGAGCUCCUCUGGCGAGUACCAGACUCCCACUGGACCAUUACCCCUCGGAUUUCAAGGAGUCCAUUGUGCAGAGGGCUCCCGAUCCUGUGAUACGGGAUAUUGUCAAUCGGCUUCAUGCGGCCCUUUCGAAGGGCAAUAGUAGCGGUGCCGCGCAGUUGUUCGACGUCGACGCUGUUUGGGAAGAUCGAACCACUCGCACCAUACUCGACGGUCGAUUGGCUAUUGAACGCUAUCUUGCUCGGGCAUCCUCCAGCUUGCCAUAUGGUGCUGGCGCGACCAUUAGGCAUAUGGUAGGAAGCGCCCAGGGCGGUGGUUACGAAUGGAUCGGCGGACCGCGUGCUGCUGCUCGCCAUGGUAUGACCGCUCUCAAGCUUAACGAAGAUCGCUUGAUUACGCUCAUCAGCCCUCUUUGGGAUGCGUCUUACGCCAGCGACGAUACAAUGACUGUGCUUGUUGGAUUGACCCUCGAGCCAUAG